AUGGUCUCAUACGCGGAAAAGGCCCACUCGCUCAUCUCGCAGCAUCAGUUCUUGAUGCUGUCCAAGUCCUGGUGUCCCGACUGCCACUACGCAAUAGCUAUCUUCAAGAAGUACGGGGUAUUGGAUAAAGUGCACAUCUUGGAGCUGGACAAGCUUGAGGAGAGCGAGGCAUCACAAUUGGAGAAGGCAUUCACCCAGAUCUCUGGUAGGAAGUGGGUACCUACGAUCUUUGCUAAUGGUGAAAAGUUUGGAACCGAGGAGGAUCUCAAGCGGUUGGAGAGUUACGAUAGCACAGAAGAGGAGUUUAGAAAGAUAGGGCUGUUAAAAUAG